GCCUAGGGGACUGCACCCACCUCCUCCGAGAUCUUCAAGCGCCCCCGGCCUUGGCACAGAGGCUGGAAGGGAGGAGCCAGGAGCGCUGUCCCGAGUCCCCGCCUCCGCAUCUUCAACCUUUGUCUUGCUGGCGCCGCCAACCAGGAGCUCCAUGUCAGAGAGCGGAGAAACCGAGUCCAGAGGCAGACAAGAGGAGGGCGCCAUCCCGUUAGGCUGGGACCCCGAGCCUCGGGGCAGACUGGGAGGAAUGCAAGGAGGGUGGAGGGCUUGGACGGGGGGAGUGGGGAUCCCUUCCAGACGGGUCGCUCUAGCUCUCUGCUUCUGGGGUUUGCAGGUCUCGACUGAGCUGGCCCAGGACAGGGUCCGAUGCCCUGGGGAGCUGUGGCCUCUGCCCCAAGAGGUGUCUCCAAGAGUAGUAACCAAGACUUGGAUGGGCCCAGGGCAGCAGGGCAGCAACAUCACCUUCCUCUACCACCCCUGUGUCCACCCCUGGCUGAAACUCCAGUUUGCCCUUCUGGCCCACAUCUGUGUAUCCCAACCCAGACUGAUCCCUUAUCUCGGCCUCACUCAGCAACGGCCUCUUGUACUGGUUGCCUCGGGGUCAUCACUUGAGAUGGCAAGAGUAGAGCCAGCCUGGGUGGCCCGCUGGUUGAAGAGGAGGAGGAGAAGGGGAAAGAGGAGAGCUUGGCCCACCCCUUCCAGUGCCCCCUGGCUUCACUGGGCAGAGCCCACCCUAGGCAAGGACCACCUGUGUCCAAGAGGGAGUGUACAGGCCCUGGCUACAGCCUUUGCCCUCCGGAGUUGGCGCCCCCCCGGGGAAGGGAUUAAGUCCUGGGGUCCAGAGUACACUCUUGGAGCGAAGAGGAGGGGACUUCGAGCUGCCGUUGGUUCUCUGCCCACAGCCCCUGCCACCAGGGCCCCUCCUCACUCCUUAGGGAUCAGCCCAGGGGAGGCCGGUGAUACUCCCAUGCUGGCCAUUGCUCCGAGAGGUGGAGAAAGCAAUGACUCCCGACCUGGGCAUGGAAGCCCAGGGGGUUGCGUCUGCCCUGGGCAUCCCUCUCCAGCGCCCCGGGCAGCCCCUUCCCGGCCGGCCAGGGCUCCUACUCCGCGAACCGAGGAAGCGGCGUGGGCAGCCACGGCUUUGACUUUCCUGCUGGUGCUUCUCACGCUGGCCACGCUCUGCACACGGCUGCAUCGAAACUUCCGUCGGGGGGAGAGUAUCUACUGGGGGCCGUCGAUGGACGGCCAGGACACGGUGGCAGCCGUGCUGAAGCGGAGACUGCUGGCCGCCGGCCUCCGAAGACCCAAGCGCUCCCGUCGGAGACCCCUCCUCCCGCCCGGCCCCGACCCGGUCGGAGGCAGCCUUGGCCCCGACGGCGGGGGCGGUGACGGCGACAGCUCCUCGGACUGAGGCCUGGCUGGCCCUGGCCACCGAGGAGGGAGGGAGGGCAAGGGGCGGCCCUGAGCCUGGCUCCUCCCGGCCUGGGGUCACCAGUCCCGGGGUGGCCCUGCCACGUGGACAGCGCCCAGCUGGGAGCCCCUGCUGGCCUGUCGGGGCGGUGCAGGCUCCUCCCUGGGCGUGACCCACUCCCUGGAUUUCUAAUUAAAUUAUUUUAGUAGA